UCCCCGGCCGAGCGCCGCUGCAAACCUCGCCCGCGACCUUCCUCCCCCGCGCGGUGGGCGGCACGCGGGCUCGGCCUCCGCGCCGGGGCGCGCGGGAGCCACCUGUUGACACAGAUUUGGGCAGCCCAGGCGGUCAAUUAUUAACCGACCGUGCAGCCGGCACCAGGAAACCCGAGCCGGCGGCGAAAGCGGAGCCGGGCCCGACGGCGGCGGGAGGCUCCGGGCGCAGGAGCUGCACCGCCCCGCCCGCCCCGCCGCCGGCCCGCGCCAUGGACGCAGGAUCGAACCUGGACACGAAAGGGGGCGCUGGCCCCACGGCCCCCGAGGACCCGCAGGGCCCAGAGCUCCCGCAGCUCCCGCGCCGCCCGCAGCUGCUGGACGAGGACGGAGGGCCCCGUGAGCAAGCCGACGCGGACGGGGCCAGCGCCCCGGCCCCGGAGGACCCCUCGGCCGACUCCCAGGCCGAGGCUGCAGCCGCGGCCGCGGCGGGGACCCCUGCCCAGGCCCAGGCCCAGGCCCAGGCCACGGGCGACGCCAGGCAGGGCCCCAAGGUGGCGGCCGGCGGCAUCCCCAACAUCGGCUUCGUGGGCGAGCCCCCGCCCUACGCGCCGCCGGACCCCAAGGGCGUGCACCUGCUGUACCCGCCCUUCCCGCAGGGGGCCGUCCUCUACCAGCCCGGGCCCGCGCCCCAGGCGCUGUACCCGCCGCCCGCCACGCCCCUCUACCCCGCGCCCGCCUCGCCGCAGCUGUUCGCGCCCUUCCCCGUGUACAACAGCGCCCUGGCCGCCGUGCCGGGCCCCGCCACCAUCGAGCACCGGCCGCUGCCCAAGGACUACAUGAUGGAGUCCGUGCUGGUGACCCUGUUCUGCUGCCUGCUCACCGGGCUCAUCGCCAUUGUGUACUCCCACGAGACCCGCGCGGCCCUGAGCCGGGGCGACCUGGCCCAGGCCGAGGAGGCGUCUCGCAAGGCCCGCUCCCUCGUGCUGUUCAGCCUGCUGUUCGGGGUCUUCGUGUCCACCAGCUGGGUCAUCUACGUGCUGGUGGCACUCUACCUGCCCUGAGGGCUGGUGGCGCUUCGGGGACGGCAUGCCCAGAGACACCCAGCCUGGCCAGCCUCGCGUGGACUCGGAUCCCUGCUGGUGGCCGUCUGUCACCUCCAGAGGGGCCCCGGGGGCAGGAGAGGGGGGGUUUGGGGCAUUCAACACACCCAUGGGUGGGCCUCAGCCCCGCGGGUGGUCCAGGGCAGCGCCCUUACCGGCGGUGGCCCCAGGACCCAGGCCCAGCUGUGGGUUGGGGGCCCCCUGAAACCCCAUUUCUAUGGCACCUCCUCUGGAGGUCUUUGGGGCGCUGUGCCGGCCUGGGACCUGCGUCUCUUGCCUUCGCCUUGCCCCAG